AUGCCCAUUCUCGGCGCACUGUCACAGGCGGGCGGCAGAGAUUUGAGGGGCCGGGCAGCGGCGGAUGCAGACUGGUUCCUCCAGCACUCCAAAUACUUCUACCCCAUUAUAUCUGCCAUCCUCGGCUCCAUCUUCCUCAUCUGCAUCUAUCUCCUCUGGCGCGGUCCCCUCCGGCGCAAGUUCCCCUGCUUCUCAUCCCGCCAGUCGGACGCCGAGUCCGCGUCGGGUGAAGGAGGUCCCGCCUUCUACCUCGGAUCCACUCUGACUCUCGACGCUGAGAAGGUCGAAAAGGAGCGGCAAGACGCAGGACGGACGGCCGGUGCAGGAUGGAGAGAGGAGCACAGGCGGGCAAAUUUCCUCCUCUCGGCGCUGGAGAAGGAUAGGGAGGCAAGGCGGGAACGGGCGGUGGGACGCGGAAAGGGACAAGACAGCCCGGGCCUGGCGGCUGGUCCGAGGAAGAUCACCAAGCUUCCAAAGUCCCCUAUGACCCCUCGGACACCUCGGACACCUGUUAGCCCAAUACCGGGUCUUGGACACGGCCGAUCACCCUCCAAGGCCGCUCACGCGGUGUCGACCGCACCUACCACCUCGUCGUUUGGACACGCGCCGGAUCAGUACACCCUCAGCACGCCUAGCACCAGCACGGGCACCUCGGGAUCAUGGAGCGCAAUAUCACCGGUAUACGCAUACCCACAACCACAAGCCCCUCGGCCUGCCUACAGCCCGGCUAUGCGUACUCCGCGGACCCCAUACUCCCCUCCAUCCGCAUAUCCUACUACACCGCCCACGGCAUAUAUGCUCCCUCCUCGCCCAAGCGGCCCAACAUCGGGUUCUAGUCAACACUAUCACCCAUACCCCAUCUUUGACUCGGCGGCGAGCAUCUCGACACCUCACCUCCCACAAGCUGCCUCCCCACCCAGCUCUUCGCGGUCGCUCGAGCUCCCUCUUCACCUAGCCAACUCGGCGGCUCUCGAUUCAUCAUCUCGCGGGACAGGCGGACAGCCAGCUAGUGCUGUAGAGAUCCCCUGGGAUGGCCGGCCGAACUUUUCCCGUCCGCUCGCCCGGCCGGCUCCGCAGGGUGGUGGAACCUCGGACCGCCAGACCGCCUUCUCCACGGCUUCAGUGUACAGCCAAGCUUCGGGACCUGCCUUACCUCCUCCCCUUCCCCAUCCAUCGGAAAGUAUCGUAGGGGCAGCAUCCGGCGUCGCACGAUCGUCGCACGCCACUACGGCUUCACAUUCCAGCACGUCCACCUCCGCGCCCUCUCUCACUUCGUCUCAUACCACACCGCCCCGAACUCGCUCUCCCACAUCCUCCUCCCCUACCGCCCUCCCCAGCCGCCGACAAUCAGCCAUCAUGUCCUCCGUACCCCUGCCUUCCAUCUUCAUCACCGCCCCGCCACCCGCCAAGGCAAAACGCGCGUCCGUGGCUUCUUCAGCUAGACUGUCGAUGAGGGGUGCGAUAGCCCCGAGUCCGCUCAGGCAGUCGAUGACGUCCCUCCAUCUAUAG